GUCAGUAUUUAUUAUUUUGUUCAAAUAAUUAUAUAUUUCAACCACUUUACAUUCAUAUAAUGAAUUAUUUGUAGUAAUAUUCAUUUGAAUAACUCGUCUCACAUAAGAUAUUCUUUAAUAUUGUGGAAAUAGUGUGAUUUAACGUUGAAAGACGUCAAACUGAUAGGUCUACAAUAAAGGUUAUAAAGAUUGUUAGCCUACAUAUAUCAAGAGGCAUGGAUGAUAUUACUGAUGAAGAGGCAAUUCAAGGUGCAGGGGAGCACAUUGGUGUCGAGUUGAUCACUUGUGCAGGGUGCUUUAAGAAGGUGGAUGCAUCAAAAUGCUUCAAAGCUGACUCGCAACAAACUGCCUCGCGACAAGCUGACUCGCAACAAAAUGCCUCGCAACGUUUUUGCUCUGAGGCAUGCGCUGCACAACAUAAGGAGCCAACAAAAGCUGAUGACACUGGACAAUUAUGUAUGGAUGUAGAUGAAGAAACCAGCACCUCAUCUUCAGAAAGUGAAGAGGAAGAAGAAUUUGAAGUGGAAAUUGAUCCGAGCAUCAUAUGUAACAAUGAUGAUCAACAAGAUGACAAAGAAGGAAAAGGAGAAGAAGAAGAAGGGACCAAUGAUGACCAAACUCCCAAACCACCAUCACUAGAUGGUUUACUGCUUAGGUGCUCCUUCUGUAAAUACUCAACUGAGGAUCAAGUCAAGUUUCAGGACCACAUCAAGGAACACAUGAAUAAAACUUACAAGUAUACAAGGAAAACUUUCCCUCAGCAGUUACACAAGUGCAAAGAGUGUGACUUCACCACUUACCGCCUUGUAGAUCUCCAGAAACAUCGGCGGAGUCAUCUGGGACUUCAACUCUACCACUGUAACUUCUGUGACUACAACUUCACCUCACAGUCAUCCCUGGACCUACAUGUCAGGACACAUACUGGUGAACGUCCUUUCAGUUGCCAUCUGUGUGAAUACAAGAGCUCCCGUAAAAGUCACCUCAAGGGGCAUCUGAAGAAUCAUGAAGGUGUCAAAGGAUACUGGUGUCAGUUCUGUGAUUUCCGGACAUCUAGGAAGAAUCACCUGAGAAACCAUCUCAGGAUUCAUACCUUGGGUACUACAACGUUGACCUGCAAGAUCUGUGGGUUUAAGGCUAAUGAGGCGAGUGAUUUGGAGGAACAUCAUCAGGUGCAUACAGAGGGGAAGAAAAUGUGCCUCAAGUGUGAGUUUUGUGAUUUCCAAACCUCUAGGAAUAACCACCUGAGAAACCAUCUCAGGGUACAUACCUUAGGCACUACAACACUGACCUGCAAGAUUUGUGGGUUUGAGGCUAGUGCAGCAAGUGAUCUGGAGGAACAUCAUCAGGUUCAUAUGGAGGGGAAGAAGUUGUGUUUCAGGUGUGAGUUUUGUGAGGGUUAUGUGUGUGCUGAGGCAAAGGAUCUGGAGGAUCAUCAAAGACUGCUGCAUGCCGGGGAGGAGAUUUUGUCAUGUGACCUGUGUGACUACACCUGUUUGCAGAAGAGUUUGUUGGAGGUACAUGUGAAGACACAUUUGGGGUUGGAUGAGAAAUGUGUGGAGCUGGGACCAAAUUCAGGAACAGGUUCUAAGUUGGUUUCAUCUUCAGGAACAGAUCUCACCCUACAUAAAUCAGGUUAUCUUCAGGGAACAUCUUCAGAACCAGCAUCAAAUGAAGGACCCUGUGGAGAGUCUGAAUUGAUUUUAGGAAUAGAAGGAGGGGUCAACUCAGAUUUGGCCAGAAAUCUUGAGGAAUCUGGUGGUGAUCUGGAUGUGGGAACGUUUUUGGAAACAGAUUUGCAAGUGGGAACAUCUGGAGGAUCAAACUGUGGUGUGGCAGACUCUGAAACAUCUAUGGAGACAGAGUUUGGUGUCGCAACUUCUGGAGUAACAGAUUUCAAAGCAGAAACUUCUGGAGCAACCGAUUUGAGUGUGGCAACUUCUGGAGCAACCGAUUUGAGUGUGGCAACUUCUGGAGCAACCGAUUUGAGUGUGGCAACUUCUGGAGCAACCGAUUUGAGUGUGGCAACUGCUGGAGCUAUAGAUUUUGGUGUGGAAACCACUAGAGCAAAUGUUGAGGGAAGUUCAGGUGUUGAUGAAAUACCUUCGGAACUGAAUGGAGGAACACAUUAUUUGAAAUCUCUUGGUGAAACAGAUGUGGAAACUGACAGUUUCAGGUGUGACUUUUGUAACUUUUCCUGUGAGGACAAAACAGACCUUCAGAUACAUCUGUCCAUCCACACCAGUAAACAACCAUUAAAAUGCGACCAUUGUGAUUAUUCCACCUUCAAGAAAGCCCACUUACAGGGCCAUCUGUUGACACAUACCGGGGAAAAACCUCAUAGCUGCAGCUUCUGCAACUACAAGUGUGCACUGUCGUCUACACUGAAACGACAUCUCAGAACGCACACAAUGGAGAAACCUUUCAUCUGCGAGUACUGUGACUAUAGAAGCACAAGGUUUGACCAGGUGCGGACGCACAUGAGGACACACACGGGGGAAAAACCUUUCAAGUGCGAGCUCUGCAAGUUCAGGUGUGGGGACCGGUCUGCGUUGAGGAGUCACCUGUUGACACACCAGGAUGAGAAGAGGUACAGCUGUGAGUUCUGUGAGUACAAGACCCUGCAGAAACCUCAUCUCACCACACAUUUGAGAACACAUACAGGGGAGAAACCCUAUGGAUGUGAGUUAUGUGAUUUGAGGUUUACAACUUCGUCUUCCCUGAAUCGGCAUGUGAAGACUCAUAACAAUGUGCGACCUUUCACAUGUGAGUUUUGUGGACAUAAGAGUGCACGUCAGGACCAGUUUGAGGCUCACAAGAGGAAACACACAGGGGAAAAACCUUGGAGUUGUGAGUAUUGUGAUUACAAAUGUUCUGAUGCCAGAGGGCUGAAGGUGCAUGUGAAGCGGCACACCAAUGAAACCCCAUUGUCUUGCGAGUUUUGUGAUUAUAAAACCUAUGAACGGAACCAUUUGAGGGUGCAUAUCAGGAAGCAUACUGGGGAGAGACCUUGGAGUUGCGAGUUCUGUGAUUAUAAGUGUGCCACUGGGUAUGGCAUGACAAGACAUGUUAGGAGGCAUACGGGGGAGAAGCCGUACUUGUGUACACUUUGUGAUUUUAGGGCGCAUGAUGCCUCAGGACUGAAACGGCACACUAGAAGUCAGCAUAGUGAGGAGGUGAGUUGAGAUUCAAUGUGAAGUGACAGUGUUGGUUAAUAAGAUGGGGUUCAUGUUGUUUAUGGGGAGCUAUGACAGGUUUAAGUGUAUUCAUUUAUAGUGAGGUCCACGUUAUAAUGGCAGUGAAGAAAGAUUGAUUGAUUGAGUACUUUAUUUAUGAAGAUUACAACAUAUAAUGGCUUAUACACUCAUAGAUUAUCAAGUUUUAGAUGAAUUUACAUAGCAUAAACUAAGAAAUUAACUAUUGAACUGUACAAUGAUAUGAAAAAAUCAAUUUGGAAUAACUAUACAAGAUAAUAUUGUAAUGCAUCUACAUAAAUUGGCGGAGCUUUGGACAUAUGAAUGUCCAUUCUUUGGAAAGAAUAUUAAAAAUAUCCUUCCCAGUUACUCAUUAGUAAAGUGAGUCCCAGUAACUCAGUAAAGAUAGGAGAACAACGUUUCAUUUCAUUUCAUUUAUUAAUAGACAAUAGAUAAAAUGCAGGAAAAAACAACAGGAAUUUGCCCGAAACUGCUUUAAACCUUAAUUUGGAAUACACAGUCUAGAGGUUAUGUAAAUGAUAACUUAAUUCACACACUAUUUUGAGUCCAAAGAAUGUAUUUACUACAAUAAUUUUUAAUUUUUAGAUUAAUUAAUUUCAAAAUACAAAUUCAAACAAAAAUCGCUCUUCACAAUAGCAAAAAUAUUUAAAAUUUCACUCAAAUCCACAAAUUAUACUCAUGUUAAAAUUCUAAACGUCAAAACAUCUGAUCUUGUUGCCGAUCCUAUGUCUUGUCAAUGUCUUCUAUAGACGGUAGCUGAUGCAGUUUUAUUGAUGUAAUAUCAACUGUACAUGAUUAAGAUUAUAUAUUUUGUUAAUUAAUGUUAAUCCUACAUUGUUAAAAGAC